CGUAGGAACCAAUCAGAUCACGUUCAAAGGCUCUUCACUCACGCUUCACACUUCAAAGUUUUGUUUCUUAUAUAUAUAAGAAAAGGUUAGUUUGUAGAAGAAGAGAAGGAUAAGAAUGGAAGAGAAAGAGUCGAAGAAGAAAAAUAGGGCUGGGAGCAUACCUGGACCCACCAACCCAAUGGUGACGCCAUUGCUGACGGAUCUAUAUCAAUUCACAAUGGCUUAUGCCUAUUGGAAAGCUGGCAAGCAUCAAGAGCGUGCUGUGUUUGAUUUGUAUUUUCGGAAGAACCCCUUUGGAGGGGAGUACACUGUCUUCGCUGGUUUGGAAGAAUGCGUGAGGUUCGUUGCUAAUUAUAAGCUCUCCAAUCAAGAAGUUGAUUUUAUCAAGAAAAAUUUGUCCGUUUCUUGUGAGGAUGCCUUCCUUGACUAUCUUAGAGGAAUUGACUGUUCUGAUGUUGAGGUGUAUGCUAUUCCCGAAGGAUCAGUUGUUUUCCCUAAGGUACCCCUAUUGAGAGUUGAAGGUCCAGUUGCUGUUGUUCAAUUGCUGGAAACACCUUUUGUCAAUCUUAUUAAUUUUGCGUCAUUAGUUUCUACUAAUGCUGCAAGGCAUCGUUUUGUUGCUGGAAAAUCAAAAACUCUACUUGAGUUUGGACUACGAAGGGCUCAGGGGCCUGAUGGUGCAGUAGGUGCAUCGAAGUACAGUUAUAUUGGGGGAUUUGAUGCAACAAGGUACUAUAUAUCAAACAACUUCACAAGUCUAGCAUGUUCAGUACUAUAAUAUGGAGGAAAUGUUCAUUAUAUUAUGUAUAUUUCUAGCA